UAUGAAAUUGUUAAAAAUAAUUACAAAAAUAUUAAACCAAUGUUCAUUAUUUUUUUAUUUUUGGUUACAGAAAGAAUUCCGGCUCGCUUAGUGCUUUAUUUCCUUUCUUGGUCUGGUUUUCUGGUCUCUUUUAUGAUGCGCAACGAUAUGAAUUUCGCUUUGGUAGCUAUGACUUCAAGUAACAAUUCAACGCAACACCAAUCUCUUAACGGAUCUCAAAGAAUUUUGAGUAGUAGCAAUGAGGAACAAAUAACUAUUGUAAAAUCUGUAAUUAUAAGUUCCUUUUAUUGGUGCUACGUGUUAUCCCAGGUAGUUGGAGGGGUUGCCACAGAACUGUUUGGAACUAAAUGUGUAUUUGGAUGGUCACAGUUCGCAACAGCUCUUUGUAGUAUUCUGAUGCCGUUAGCAGCACACUUGCAUUACAUAGCUGUAAUUGUGUUACGGUCUAUACAGGGAUUUGCUUCUGGCCUGACGUGGCCUGCCAUGUAUGCAAUAGUUGGCUAUUGGAUACCACUUACAGAACGCUCACGUUUUAUGUCAAGUUUUCAAGGUUUUAGCAUUGGUAUAGGAUUAACAUACCCGUUGUGUGGUUUUAUUUUAUCAGAACUUGACUGGCCAUUUGUUUUCUAUACAACCGGAACCGUAGGGAUGGUUUGGUGUAUAUUUUGGUAUUUACUUGCUUUUAAUACACCUCGUGAACACCCUCGAAUAUCUGAAAAAGAGCUCAAUUAUAUAGAAAUUAAUGUGAAAAAAGGAGUAAACAAUUCAGAUAAAAUUAAAGUACCUUGGUUAAAAAUAUUUAAAUCAUUGCCAGCUUGGGCCAUUGCUAUAACAACGUUUGGUAGAAUAUAUGUUCACUAUAUUUUUAUUGUCAAUGGACCAACAUUUAUGGGGAAUGUUUUGAAGUUUAAUUUUGAAACAAAUGGUUUUAUAACUGGAAUGCCAUUUAUUUGCUCAUAUAUUUCAUCAGUGGUUUUUUGUUAUAUUGCAGAUAAAUUGGUAUUAUUUAAAGUUUUAAGUCUUACUAAUGUAAGGAAAUUAUUUACAGCUAUAUCCCAAAUAAUUCCAGGGCUUUUAUUGUAUUGUAUCGGUUAUAUAGAUAAUGUAAACAUUUUGUUAACAGUGUGGUUUAUAGCAGUCAUAUUUAUAACUGCAUCUUAUGCAGGAGCAAUGGCUAAUAUAAUUGACUUAGCCCCAAAUUAUGGACAUUCGGCUGCCGUUUUGGCAUUUUGUCAAACAAUUCAUAUGUCUGCGUCCUUUAUUUCGCCUUUGACUGCUGGAUUUAUUGUCACUCGAGAGGACUCCAUUGAUCAAUGGCGAAAUGUUUUUGAAGUAUCCUGCAUUAUAUCGAUACUUACUUAUCUCGUUUAUCAUUUUUUUGGGACGGCAGAAAUACAACCUUGGAAUAAGGAACUACCAACACAUAACGAAUCCGAAGAAGGAAAGAUUUUGUCGAAACCAAAAAAAAAAAACCAUAAAAUUGGGCAACUCUGUACUUAAAAUGGCCCCCCUUUUUAUACCUUUAUGAUUUUUUUCCUUAUAUAAACUGUAUUAAAUAUUUUGUUAAAACGUGUUCGUCAUUGACAUAAUAAAAUAUCAAGCUGAGCUUA